UCAAAAUUUGGAAGAACACAAACCAACCAAAGUGACUCAAGUGGCAAGUGCCUGACUUAAAGUUUUGUGACAAGUUUGUGUUGAAAGCUGUUUUUACUUGGUUGUGAUCUUGGUGCCUGUGAAGCGGUUUCAAAUAAACUCUUGGAGUAAUAUGCGGCGGAGGUGGAACGGUUGCGAGAUGACGCGAACUGUGUUGAUAUUCACCUUGCUGGCAAUUUCAGCCAGCAGUUGCGAUGGGGCGCGACGAGCACAGCGGAGAAAGGACACGGCCCGAGCUGAGUUGCCGUCAGUGGCCCCCAGUGCUGAAACCCUGACAGCUCUCGCACAAGCGAUGGGCGCCGCGGGCUUUGAGCAUCGUGAGGGUCGGACCUUGGUCAAGCGGCUUAUACCUGCCGAUUCGCAACCUGACUUGGAUUUGGUGGAACAUCAAGGAGUAAUCGGUAAGGCGGGCGUGGACUUCCCUGCAUACCCGAGCAUCCCGAACACCGGCUUUAACUGCAAAAAUGUGCCUACUGGCUACUAUGCUGACCUGGAGACAGACUGCCAGGUUUUCCACAUCUGCGACACGUCCCGCAAGAUAUCUUUCCUCUGCCCGAACGGCACCAUCUUUAGCCAGUCGCACCUCAUCUGUGACUGGUGGUUCAAGGUGGACUGCGCCUCCGCGCCCGCACUCUACGAGUCCAGCGCCGAGUACUACUCCAAUGAGCAGAAGAAAUCUCAAAAGAUCACCCAAAGCCUAAGCAAAAAUAUUGACCUCCAGCAAAUUGCCGAUAAUAACGCCAGAGCCGAAUCCAGGAGGUCGUCGGUAAAUGUCCCUAGCACAACGGAGAGACUGCUAAGACACAGGCAAAGAUUACAAACCGAGGCACCCAAAGCGACCGCUAGAAGCUUCCAUGCUUUCUUUGCUGAAGUUAAUCCAACGUUGAAGACCGAAACCACGACAAGUAUUGACAAAAGAAGGAGAAACCUGGUACAAUUGAUAGCUAACAACUUUGGUAAUGCGCCUGCCAGGACUACCCUGCCUACGUACACAGAGUCGUCGACUUACAGGACCGAUAAGGCCGCAGGUGACUACAACAGCCUGAAGGAGAUGCAAGUUGCAGCGGAAACGGCUUCGUUCACUAACAACAAAAACCGGCAAUACCUACAAGAUGCAUACAAUAAGAACUAUCGCCCUUAUCCGGUUUACACGCCCAAUCUGCCCAACCACCAACCACUCAAACUUAGCAAGCCCAAAAGCAAUCCUACUUUGACUACGUUGUACGAUUUCAGAGACAAAACUUUGAACAAUCAGGCCGCAAAAGUAGUGACUAUUACCACAAAACGACCAACUCUCCUACCCUACACGAAGAGUUAUUCUACUACUUUCAAUGAUAGACGCGAACCUUACACCAGACCUGGUAUAUCAUCUCUGAAGGAAUUUCUUGAAAAGGAAAGAAAUAAGACUUUGGUCGCCAGUACUACGGAAAAGGUUGCUCAAGUUACAGAUAGAAGUGAUCAGUUUACCCCGAAUGUAGAAAAUACAGUAUCCAUACAAAACAAAAACAAUUUUGAAUCCGUAACCAAAAUUCCACAAACUACAAGAAAUCAGUACUAUGGAGAAACCGCCAGUGACAGGAUAUCAACUGUUAAUUUCAACCAGAUAACUACGGAACCGUCAUACCAAGAGCGAAGGGAAAGGUUAUUGAAGAAACUGAAUUUAGAAACAUUCCAGCCAACUGAACCUACCGUUCCGACAACGCUCACUGAAAAAUAUUACGGCGACCUUCCUAAUAGACCAGGUCUCCUUGUCCCGCCGUCUCUAACUCCAAAAACUUUACACACUCUGGCUAUCUAUUACGCAACGGCUUUAGAUAACCUGUCUACGACUGCAUCACCUGAAGAGGCUAGCGAAGCCAGCACACCGACAUAUGAAGACUAUGGUGCCAUGGAGGACGCAUUACCAGCACUAUUUAGUCAGCACACUAUUAAUAAAUACAGUAAACUAUUUGGCCACGGUACCGAGACAUCUGAACUAUUGGAAGAAAUUAAACUAGACCCCAAUGGUACGUACAAUGAAUUGGCCGACGACCUGGCUGUGCAGCAAAGUCAAAAUCCUCUAGCGACUUCGCCUCAAAUCCGAGAAUUAGCUCAAGUAUUCACGCACGCAUUAUCAGCUUACCUGCAAGACCCCGUUCAAUUUAGAAAAGUUCUCUCGGAUAUUCGUCCAACCCACCCAUCUUUCGGUGACAUGCUCUCAACAACUGAAGAAUCUUACAACACUGAGCCGACCACAACAGUCAACGAAGAAGAUGAUGAGAUAUUGGGAUUUUCCGACGACAAUAAAGUUAGACCACCAUUUGUUUCACUGCGGGAUGGCAAAGCUCUGAAUAUUGCCACGGAUUAUCCAACAGUAUCUGACGAUGCAGUGACCACGCCCAUCACCAUUAAUACUGAAUUUAUAUCGACGACCGUGCAACCAGCAACGCCUAGAAGUCCCUUCAGAUGUUGCGGAAGAAUAUCAGCGUCUUACACUACUGCCUCUACUCCGAUUGCUCGUAGCACCACUCCCUUCUCGUUUACCAAUACAGUUGCGGCUAAUGUAAACACAUUAGCAAACAACAGUACUGAUUAUACAGUUACCACAACAGAAGAUAACUACUUGGGACAAAGAUAUGGUGGAUUCCAAAACAACUCUAACAACUCUCCUUAUGGUAAAGAGGUCUUACAAAAUAAUGUCAAGCCUUUGACUGAAUACGUUGAAGUAACAAAUCUGCCUUCUGCUUGGGGUGUCGACGCUUCCGAUGCAACUAUAGCACCGAUCACCGAUUCAGACAAUAUUUUUGAAAGCAAAAAGAUAAGAGCAACGACAGGCACUCCUGAAACUACACCGGUGUACUUCACUGAAGCCGAUAGUAGCAUUGAAUUAGAAAACGAAGAAGAAUUACAAAGAGCUCACAGCCAGUCAUUUGUAACACCACAAAAUAACUUGCGUCAAGGUAAACAAAUCAACUUAGAGGAAACUAAAACAACUGUUAAGAAACCUUCCGAAGAAUUAGAAGCACCUACAGUGUCAGACAUAUCGACGACAACAGUACAAACUACGUCUCAACCCAGUACCACGAUAAAAGAAGAAGUCUAUACAGUCACUCCAACUUCUGACAUAUUUACUUCCCCAGAGGGCGACAAAACAUCUGAUUUCAACUGGCCUACUACUUUCGAGUAUUGGCAUAGCACUGUUAUAGACCCGAUAACAUUGAAUGAUGGUCUAAGUCCGUCGGCGCAAGAGCAAGGAGUAUCACAGCUGGCAAGACAAACAAACGCUUGGUCUCAAAAUACUCUAACAACGGAAGCAACUGAAACGAAAUCAAGCGAACAAACGGCGUCUUCGUCAGUAUUUUACGAAUCUACAACUCCAAGAAAUAUUAAGGGAGAAAGAGCAGGAAAAUUGAUUAAAGACCCUACUUCUACUGAGGCCGCACAAGAUAUAACCACUAUUGCUGAUACUGUGGUAGAGAAAGCUAAAGAAAUCAUGGGUGGAAUGAACGCAACAACAACCGAGAAACUCAUGAACGUUAUGAAAAAGACAAAGUCAAAAACAGUGAGGAGAUUAAUUCUUUUAUUGGUGCAAACUUGUGAUGAUGACCAUAACACAACGGCGGAAGCUUCAAAGAAAGCGCUACUCGAAGCUCUAAUGGCAGUUUCACAGAAAGACAUGGACGAAAUCACGAAAGAAGAAAGCUCGGAAGACCUUCCUACGACAGCCACUGAUAUCGAAGUCAAAAAUUAUAAGAGGAGCGAUAAAGUUGCCGCUCUAGAAGAAAUAAGGCCCAAACAAUUCGAAAGGAGAGGAAAAAGCAUUAAUUUCGAUCCUUCCGCUAUUAACUCGUUAUCAAGCCCAUCUACAACGACUACAGAGAAUAUAAAGACAACGACUGAGUUUUAUACAGAAACCACGCAAGCUCCUAGAACGACUACAACUAGUCGGAGAGGUGUCAAAAAGUUCUUAGUAAGAACAACCCCUAUAGAACAAAAGACCACGAAGUCUCCAGUAGUUGACAACCCCAUUGCGGAGGCUAGGGUUGCUCCUCCCAAUGAUGAAUCCAAAACGCCCGCUGACACAAGAGCGCUGGAACUAUUACGAUCGCUUUACACGAUCGCCGCUAGAUGGGGUUGAUUCAACCUUAUAUUUUUAAGUUAAUGAAUGACUUCAAAUAUUUAGGGAUGGGUAUGAGUUUUCUUUACAAAACAAUUGGUGUAUAGUCUGAAAUUUGUAUAUUAUCUAUGUUAUCAGUUAUCAUCCCUAAAUAUAGUUGUAAAAUAUUGUGAUUUUGUAGAUAGAGGGUUCAGGCUCAAAUUUUGUUAAAUCAUCUAUUUCAAUGAUAAUUGUCUGAUACUGAAAUUAUUAUUGAAAAUGGUGAUUGGUACGUUGCCUUAGCAUAUAACUAGUUAACUUAUUACGUUGUGUUACUAAACAAUGAUUAAUAGACUUUAUUUUAUUCAGAUAUACGUGGGUUUUCCCCAUAUUUGGGAGAACAACCUGACAACCUACUGAGUUACCUAUUUUAGCCUAAUUAAACUAUUGUUACACUGCCAACUUUAUUUACUGUAAAAUACUCUUAAGUAGAUUAUUUUUAGUUGUAAAAUGUGUUAAGGAUUUUUAUAGUAAAUUUGAUAUAAAAACUUAUUCUAUUUUUC